ACGUCCAUAGCUUCCGAGAGCUUUCAAUGACUUCUCAUCUUAGCUCAACUCACUCAUCCAAUUCAUCACCACUACUUCUCAUUCACGUAACUUGAUAACUCAAGACUCAUCAGGUAUCAGACUAUCGUCACUGGACUGAACAAAUCCAAAAACGCAACCAUGUUCACCGGCAUCGUCGAAGAAAUCGGAGUCGUCUCCGAGCUCAACCCCAACGACGAGACAGGAGGCACCUCCCUCACAAUCACUCUGCCAGAGUCCUCCACCCUCCUCUCAGACUGCCACCUCGGCGACUCAAUCGCCAUCAACGGCGUCUGCCUCACCGUCACAUCCUUCGAACCCUCCGGCCCCCCCUCCUUCAAGGUCGGUGUCGCCCCCGAGACCCUGCGCAUCACCAACCUCGGCUCCCUGGUCAAGGAUUCGCGCGCCAACCUCGAGCGCGCCGUCCGCGCCGACACCCGCAUGGGCGGGCACUUCGUCCAGGGCCACGUCGACACCACGGCCACCAUCCUGGCCGUCACCCCGGACGGCAACGCCCUCACCUUCCGCUUCGCGCCGCGCGACAAGGCUGUCCUGCGCUACAUCAUCUACAAGGGCUACGUCGCGCUCGACGGCACGAGCUUGACCGUGACGCAGGUCAAUGAUGAGGAGGGCUGGUGGGAGGUCAUGCUGAUCAGCUACACGCAGGAAAAGGUCGUUGUCGCGAGCAAGAAGCCCGGUGACACUGUCAACAUUGAGGUGGACAUGAUGGCAAAGUAUGCCGAGAAGAGUCUUGCGGGUUACCUCGGUGGUGCCGGCAGCGCUCCGUUGGAAAGAAUGGUUGAGCGUAUCGUAGCUCAGGGACUUGGUGGCAGGUCUUGAGCAGAGAGUAUAUGUGCCGAAAAGAAAACGUCAUUCCUAGUUAUUAAACGAGCUUCUUUCAUACAGCUACUUCAUUCAAUAAGUGGGUUUAAAAUGCGUUCAUUCAUACAAGCCGCCAUGCGACAUAUAUGGCUGGGGAACCGGAUCAAUGACGAAGAAAAAUAAAAAUGAACUGAUAUAAGAUCACAAAAGCUCAGCCUCCCUCACGGGGGGCCUACGAAUUCCCAGGGGACUCUGACCAGCCUCGGGUGUAGCGAUGCUAGGAUUUUCACGAGACUCGAACUCGAGACCUAUGGGUGCGGGGCAAUUCAAACGAGGACAUUCCCCGCCACGUCAUAGGCCUUGGUGAAAAAGAAAUCUCUUUC